UCUCUCUCUCUCUCUCAUUUCUCUCUCUCAUCCAUUGCUCAGUUGGGCUUUGUCGUAUUGCGGGUUAUCUCUUUCGCAGCAGUAAAUUAUUAUUAUAUUAUACAUAAAGAUGAGAAGUAGUAACUGAAGGAAGAAGAAAAAUCAGACUCAGAGACAGAAAGAGAGAGACCGAGUGGGAAGCGUUUUCUCACCAUUUGAUCCCUGCCGUUUCAUCUGUGAUCUCAUCCUCCUUCUCAAUGUCUUCUCUGGGUCAGGGUUUUCAGUUGAAGACAUGUACAUAAUGCAAGAAAUUUAUUCUUUAUCAUCCAAUCUCCGUUAAUCUUCCGAAGAAGUGUUUAAUCCAAACCACCUGUAAAUAUAGUGUCAUCUGCACUUUACAAGGUUUAUUUGGUGAGCCUAAUGCAAGGUCAAGGGAGUAGUAUUGAUACUUUCCCAGAAAUAACAGAAGUUGGGCUGGGAUCCAUUUCCAACAGCACUGGUAUGAGUCAGCAGACUUCUCUGAAUAAUAUGCUAAAUCCUGUAGAAACCCGGUUGUCAAGUUUUAUGGUGACGUCUGGUGAGAUGACAUGUUUAAAUGCCACUAGUCAUGACUCCCAGACCUUGACUGGUUCAGGUGGACCUAGCUCUAGAUUGAAUCUGGAAAACCCAGUUGAUGAUGAUGGGAUGAAAAUGGAACAAGGUUGGUCAUCUUCAUGUAGUGCUUGUCCUUUGAUUGGUCAAAAUUCAGAAGAAAGACGAGUUGAACAAAAUAAUAUCCUUUUCCCUGGGCGAGCUAUCAGUGGCAAUCAGAUUCAAGGUGGGCCUUCUUUUUCUCAGGGUUCUAGCUCUAAUUAUAUCCCUCAAAAUGCAGAUCUAAAUGCUGGAUAUGUGGGAAGUAGCGGUAAUUGUGAGCAUGGUAUGGAAGCUAAUGCAGAACCUAAUCUCUACAAGUCAAGUGGAUUAGAAACAGAACAGACAUCUUCUGGAAGUGGUUCACCUGAUAUUGUUGGGACUUCAUCAGGAAGCUCUGAUUAUGUGGUUGGGGAAAGUGAUGGUAAUCCAGGCUCUUCUUUCGGAAAUUGGGGUUCAUCCUGCAAGCGAAAGGCCCUUGAGGGUACUUCUGGCCAGGCUUAUCCUGGUGGGAGUUCUAGCUCCUUUCCACCAGCUGAAAAUGGUGCUUGGAAUACUGGUCCUGCUCGUUAUAAUCCUUCUAGUAAUUUAAGUUUAUCUACACCCUUGCGUAAUUCCCCUAGCGCUAGUCCUUCAGAACAGCAGAACUCAAGAUCGAGGGUUGGUUUGAGACUUGGAGCAUCUGAUACCUUUCCUUCAUUAGGUAUUACGGGCAAUGCAGAAAGCCCACUGAGACAAUUUUUUGCUAGGGGGGUUUGUACUGGGCCUCAGCAAGAAUCUGCACCGUCUAAUUUAUCAUCACAAGGGAGAUCAACAACUGUAGCUGCAACAAAUUCGGGUGGUCCCCAAAGCCAGUUUCCUGCUAUGCAUAUGAGCGUUUCAUCUGGAACCCUGCUUCCUUUACCUUGGAAUGGUGCUUCCAGUUCAAGAGUGGGCAGCUUAUCAAGUUCUCUUAUGUCUGGAUAUAGAGGUGCUGAGCUAAGAGAAGAAGCAAACUUAAGAAGCAUUCCCAGAAACAAUGUGGAGCAUUCCACAUUUGCAACUGCCACUGAUAUGAGAAAUUCAGCACAGGAUCCAACAGGUUGGAGUUUGGCACCUGGAGACACAAGCACUUCUGUAGGUGCGCCUUCCUCUUCAAGAAUUGGCUCUAGUUCUGGCAUUCGUUCUUUGCCUAAUACUGCAUGGAUCCCUCUCAACAACCCUCCAACCGAAAAUCAUCAAAGAGUAACAGAAUUUUCUCCUUGGUCUUUGUUUCCAUCUUCUGAUUCUCAACCUGGAGGUCAUAGUCAUUAUAACCCAGUACCUCCAAGACCUUCUGCUUCCUCUCAGGAUUCAGGAAGUUCUUCUGGAUCUAAUAACCAGGGUCGUCAUCUACCAUAUCCUAGGUCAGUGUUCUCGGUGGACCGGCAGGGUGAUGAUGUUCUUAAUAUGCCCCAUUCACUACGGGCAUUAGCAGCUGACAUUGAAGGGAGGCGCCGACUCAUAUCUGAGAUUCGUCAAGUUCUGAAUGCUAUGCGCAGGGGUGAGAACUUACGAGCCGAGGAUUAUAUGCUCUUUGACCCAUUCAUAUAUCAUGGCAUGGCUGAGAUGCACGACAGGCACAGAGACAUGCGCCUUGAUGUUGAUAACAUGUCUUACGAGGAACUGUUGGCACUGGAGGAACGUAUAGGAGACGUUAGCACUGGACUGAGUGAGGAGACCAUUGUGAAGUUAAUGAAACAGCGAAAAUUUCUCUCGGUAACAGCAGAAUCCUCAGCAGAUAUGGAACCGUGCUGUGUCUGUCAGGAGGAAUAUAAUGAUGAGGAUGAUAUUGGCACACUAGAUUGUGGGCAUGACUUCCACACCAAAUGCAUCAAGCAGUGGCUAAUGCAGAAGAAUCUGUGCCCGAUUUGUAAAACGACAGCGUUGCUUACUUGAAGGGAAAACCAUCGAUGUCCAAGCCUGAAAUUUGAUUUUCAUGCUGCUGUAUCAUUAAACCAAAAGUUGGGUGGAGAAUCUAGUCCUCCCUUCUCGACUGAAACUGGUUUUAUUUGUGCAUGGACUGCAUGGUUUCAUAAAAAGAGGAAAGAGCGGCCGUGACUGAAAAAAGAAAAUAAAAAGGAACUUUGCUGCACCGGUCCUAAAAGGAUUUGUUUAUUGGCUACUGAAGGAUCCCUUUUAUUUAUUUGUUUUAAUCACCAUGACAAUAAUGAAUAUAUUGGAAUAAUACUUCUGACAUUAAGAAGCCUUUGCUAUGAGUUUGGGAGA